CGACUGCACAAAUUAUUUAAGAUUUAGACAAAACAGUGGAUAUACAUUUUUUUUCAUGGAAAAGUAUCUCUAUAUUUUAUUAAACUAAAGUUAUAAAGUGUGAGAUCAGGCGAUACAAGAUACACACACCCAAUUAUAUCAAAAGCUACAAGAUGGACCUUCUUGGUUCUCUGUCAAGCGCUCUAGAGGUAGUCCUCACGACUCCUCUAAUCCGAUUGAUACAAUCUGCAUUAGCCUUGUAUGCGACUCUGAAUUCGAAUGCCUCAGAUUACCCUCUGGAUUACUCGUCUAAAGUUUCAGCCGGGGAACAUGCUGACUUCAUUAUAAUAGGCGCUGGCUCAGCGGGCUGCGUGCUGGCCAACAGACUGACUGAGAUCAGCAACUGGACGGUCAUACUCGUGGAGGCAGGGACCUAUCCCUCUAUCGAAUCUACAGUACCGGGUUUGUAUUCACUCGUGGACUACUCUUUCGAAGACUGGAACUAUUACACAGUCGAUGACGGAUACACAAGCCAAGCGCACAAAUCAAAGAACAUACACCUCACCAGAGGCAAAAUGCUCGGAGGCUCCAGUGGUGCUAACUACAUGCUUUACGUUAGAGGAAAUAAGAGGGACUACGACGAAUGGGAAGAAAACGGACUGCAGGGAUGGUCUUGGGACUCUGUACUACCUUACUUUAUAAAGAGCGAGCGCCUGCAUUCAAAGGAAAUAUUGGCAAGCCCUUCAGCUGAUCUACACGGUACAGAUGGAUAUCUAGGCGUUACUCGGCCACUCUGGCAGGGAAAAGUAGAAAACGACUUAGAAGCGUUCAAGGAGAAUGGGCAUGCAAUUUUAGUCGAUACUAAUGGAUACAAUCAGCUAGGAUACUCUUUACCUACAUUUACUAUAGACAAUAAGACUCGACAGAGCACGUCGAUUGCAUUUCUUAGACCUAUAAAAGACCGUGAAAAUCUGCGAGUAUUGGUAAACACUUAUUGCAGGAAGAUUCUUUUUGAUGGAAACAUGCGGGCAAUUGGUGUAGAGGUAAAGCUACCAAACGGAAAAAUUAUAAAUCUGACCGCUGAUAAAGAAGUAAUACUUUCGGGUGGAGCUAUUAACAGUCCACAAUUAUUAAUGUUAUCUGGCGUCGGACCCAAAAAACAUUUGGAAGAAAUGGGCAUACAAGUUUUACUCGAUGCACCAAAUGUAGGCGAAAAUCUCCAGGACCACUCCACAGUUCCAAUAUUUAUAAAUAAAGGCAAGAAUAUUUCAUCGUUGCUUGAUAAUGUUGAUAUAGUAAAAAAUCUAGACAAAUAUCCUAAUCCUGUACUAGCGGGACACGUGGCGUUGAAUAAAUCACAAACAUAUCCUGAUUAUCAAAUCAUAGCCAUGCCGUUGGAUGUUGGUUCUCCGAUAACUUUGCUUGCUUGUAGCUAUGUUACUAGAUAUGAAAAUGAUAUAUGUGAGCAAUUAGUCCAGAUCGGAGAGAAAAAUCAACUACUUUUUGUAUUUAACACUCUACUUCAUCCAAAGUCCAGAGGAAGGGUUUAUUUGAAAAGUAAGAACCCAGAGGAGAAAGCACUCAUAUAUAAUGGUUAUUACUCGGACCCAGACGAUCUGGAUAAACAUACGAAGAUUGUGGAAGAUUUUCUUACUGUUUUAAAUACAACGCAAAUGCGAAAGAUCAAUGCAACAGUUUUUAGUUCUCUAAGUCAAUGUAAGGGAUUUAAUGAUGAACACUCCUGAAUUUUGGAAUUGCUAUAUUUUGAACAUGGUCACUACUUUGUGGCAUCCUGUAGGGACGUGUGCAAUGGGGCCUGAGGGAGCAGGUGUAGUAGAUGCUUCGUUCCUCGUGUACGGUACUGAAGGCCUUCGAGUGAUAGACGGGAGUGCGAUGCCGAAGAUAGUUAGUGGAAACACAAACGCGCCAAUCAUCAUGAUGGCCGAGAAAGGCGCUGAUGAGAUCAAAAAGGCCUAUGGAAUACGUAUAUCUUAAGACGCUCAAAUACUAUGCGUGAUUUAUUACUGGGCUAUGUACUUUUAUGGCAUUUUUUUAUUAAAUAUAUAUACAUAUAUACCUAUAUAUUUUAUUAAAUAUACUUUAUAGUCUAAA